AUGUCCCCGCAGGCCAACAAGGCCGCGCUCGUCACGGCCUACUACCUCGUCUUCGGCAGCAACCGCGCGGCCGCCCGCUUCGCCGAGCUAGGGCAGUGCUCGUCGUUGUGGAGCUCGUCCUGGACGCUGACAAGAGGACGAGCGAGAAGGCACUGGCCGUGCUGGACGGCAUCCUGUGCUGACACCGGCCUUGAGUCCGUGCGUGCGCACGCGCUGGUCGUGCCGUGCUGGUCAAGAAGAUGUUGCGUCUCUGCGCUCUGGCGCCUCUGCCGUGCCGCGGACACUGGCGCCGGCGCGUGCUGCGACGAGGCGCUGCGUGUGGGCACCUUCAAGAAGCUGCUCCAGGUGGGCUGCGGCGGCGUGACCAAAGAUCGGGCCAACGAGCUGCUCAAUGGUUUCAGGGGCAGCGUAGAGUGCAUCGAGACGGUGGACUUCAGGGGGCUCAAGAGGCCAUUUUGA